AUGACCACUAUGAGCGAUGUUUUCGCGGGCUACGCGGCCCGCCAAGAGAUGCUCGACAACAGCACCAACCGCUUCGCGCGCGGCAUCGCCUGGGUCGAGGGCCAGCUCGUGCCGCUGCACGAGGCGCGCAUCCCGCUCCUCGACCAGGGCUUCAUGCACAGUGACCUGACCUACGACGUGCCGUCCGUCUGGGACGGACGCUUCUUCCGCCUCGCCGACCACCUGGACCGCCUCGCGGCCAGCUGCCAGAAGAUGCGGCUGCGUCUGCCACUGCCGCGCGACGAGGUCGAGGCGGUCCUGGUCGACAUGGUCGCCCGCAGCGGCAUCCGCGACGCCUUUGUCGAGCUCAUCGUGACGCGCGGCCUGACCGGCGUGCGCGGCGCCCGGCCAGAGGACCUGCUGAAGAACAACCUCUACAUGUUCGUCCAGCCCUACGUCUGGGUCAUGGACCCGGACGUGCAGAGGGCGGGCGGCGCGGCGAUUGUGGCUAGGACGGUCCGGCGCAUUCCGCCGGGGUCGAUUGACCCGACGAUUAAGAACUUGAUGUGGGGAGAUCUCGUGCGCGGGCUGUUUGAGGCUUCCGAUCGGGGCGCGACGUACCCGUUCUUGACCGACGGGGACGCCAACCUCACCGAGGGCUCGGGGUUCAACGUGGUGCUGGUCAAGGAUGGGGUCUUGCACACGCCGCAGCGCGGCGUGCUGCUGGGCAUCACGCGUAAGAGCGUGAUUGAUGCCGCCAAGGCCAAUGGGCUGGAGAUUGUCACGGGCUUCGUGCCCGUCGAGUUGGCAUACCAGGCAGACGAGAUCUUCAUGUGCACCACUGCGGGUGGCAUUAUGCCCAUCAACACGCUGGAUGGAAAGCUGGUCAGGGACGGCAAAGUUGGCCCCGUCACCAAGAAGAUCUGGGAUACGUACUGGGCGAUGCAUUACGAUGACAAGUAUAGUUUUGAGAUUGACUAUAGCCAGAACAUCGCUCAGAACGGUCUUCACUAG